GGGCGGCAUGCUCGCCGCGACGUACGCCGCGCACCGGCGGCCCGCGCACCUGCACCGCCUCGUCAUCUCCGACUCGCCGGCGUCGAUGGCGCUGUGGGUCGAGGGGUGCGGCCAGCUGCUGGCGCAGUUCCCCGCGGGCUUCCGCGCGCUGCUGGCCCGCCACGAGGCGGCCGGGACGACCGAGAGCCAGGAGUACCAGGACGCGCUGCAGGAGUUCUACAGAAAGCACGUGUGUCGGCUGGAGGUCUGGCCCGAGGAUCUGAACCAGGCGUUUGCGGACCUCGCAAAGGAUCCGACGGUGUACAUGACGAUGAAUGGGCCGUCCGAGUUCACGGUCACGGGCUCGCUCAAGACCUGGUCCGUCGUCGACGAGCUGCAGCACAUCACAGCCCCGACGCUCGUGCUCAACGGCCGCUUCGACGAGGCGCGCAACCUCGCCGUCGCGCCGUUCUUCACGCACAUCCGUGGCCCCGUCAAGUGGGUCGAGUUCGCCGAGAGCAGCCACAUGCCGUUCUACGAGGAGCAGGAGCGCUAUCUCGAGGUCGUCGCAGAGUUCCUGGCUUAGUAGGUUCCGUAGCUAGCACGUCCAAGUCACAUCCAAGGGUUUCAUAAGUGGUAGUA